CUCAGUGAAAAUCAAAAGGAUUGAAAAUUAAAGAAAUUGCGUUGCUUAUAGUACAAUAUUAAAAGUGUAACAUUUCAUCCAUUGACAUUAAGUACGAUAAGUGUGUUAAUGAUCAAGAUUGAUCUGAAAUAUUAAAGAAAAAUGACAAAAUUGUGAAAAUUGCUAUUUUAACAUAUCUUAAGUGAAUUUAUGGAUGUUAGAUUUUCUUUCGACUUGUUGAUCAAAAGAACAUCAAGAAUGAUUCAAAUGUAAAAAGUAUUUCUUGAUUAUACCUUAUUAUUAUUAUUUGCUGUGGAUGGAUGGAUGGGGAAGAAGUAAUCAUAAUUCAUGCAUAAGUUGUCAAAUAAUAAGGAAAAGAAUUAAAAAUUAUGAGCCAUAUCUCAUCAUCAUUAGCCCGUCAGACAGAGCAACAGAAAACAGAAGAUUAUCGUGCAUACACAAAGAACACAUCAGACUUUUCAUUAAAGAAUAAAUUUCUCUUUGAGUGCUUAUUCUGCAAAGGAACAUUUACGAGAAUAUUGAGCUAUUUAAAACAUAUUAGUAAGCAUGAAAUGAAACAAAUUCAUAAAUGUACAAUAUGUAAGAAAAUUGUCGUUGAUGAUAAGCAUUUUCGUGAGCAUCUCUUGGAUAAGCAUCGUGAAGACGUUGAAUUGUAUUUAGAGGGUGGAAGUAGUAAGCAGUCAAAGAGUGAAAUUAAUAAUAAUUUUGCACAAAAGACCAAUAAUAGUGAAAUGGAUAAUUUUUAUCAUCAAAUACCGUAUUCAUAUUAUCAACAAUUUCCUCAAAUAGCCACACCAAUACUUUCGAACUAUAUACCGGCAAUACCACAUAGUAGCAGUAAUAACAAUCAAGCAAUUGGAACAUGUAAAUCACCACCACAGAAUCAACAAAUCCAUAGUAAUCCAUCAUCAAACAACUACAUGACAACAAAACGGGAAUCAAGUGAUAUUAAUCAAUUCAAGUGUGAAACAUGUGAUGAGAUCCUAUCGUCGUCCGAUGAAUUGAGCAAUCACACAAAACGUCAUAGUUUGGAUAAUCGAAAGCAUUUUAAAUGCAAUUUAUGUGGAAAAUCGUACACACAAUCAAGCUCUCUAGGUUUUCAUAAGCGAAAAAUUCAUCAGAAUGAAAUAAAGAAGGAACAAGUUCAACAAAAGUCACAACAAUCGCCAGCAUAUGGCGAAUCAUAUAAUCAAAUUUUCGAGUGUCAUAGAUGUAAUAAGCAAUUCUCAAGGCCAUCAUCAUUAAAACAACAUUAUUUAGUACAUAAGGAGAUUAAGCCACACAGAUGUGAUGUUUGUGAUCUGACGUUUAGUGCAAGUAGUCAGCUGCUGCUUCAUAAAAUUUCUCACACAAAUCGCGAGCCAUACAGGUGCCAAUUUUGUGACAAAGAAUUUGCCAUAUCCGAUCAUCAUAAGCGCCAUUUGAGAACACAUACGAAAGAGAAGCCGUUCAAAUGCGAUUUAUGCGGACGAGCAUUUUCACAGUCAAACACAUUAACUCAGCAUCAACGCAUACAUACAGGACUUCGUCCUUAUUCCUGCAUGUUUUGUGACAAGAAAUUUUCAGUAUUAAACUAUUUGAACAAUCAUUUGAGGACAUGUAAAGAGUCGGCAAAAUCACAAAUAUUAAAAUCUAAUUUACAUGCAAAUAUGCUUAAAUAAACAAGGAAAUUCACUUAAGCACAUUGUAUAAGUAGCCUGUAAGGAUCAUUUUACAUAAUAAAAAGAAGUAACAUGUGUGAAACGCAAUAAAUACUUUCAAUAGAGAA